CUCAAGAUAUGGUGUAGCUACGGGAAACGUAAAUAGACACAUGUAGGCUAAUUAUAUGGAGAAUCUUACAGCCAUCUAAAUAUGAAUGGUCUACUUAAAUACGACCAGAGAUAAUAAAAAGGUGCAAAACCGCAACUGUUUGUUUAAGUUUGCUUCGUGAAAUUUGAGCAAGUGUGGACUUCAAUCACGUCAUUCAUAUCUUCAGUCCCUGUUUCAAGUUAACACCAGUGCCAAUUUAUAUAGUCAUAGCAAAUGCAAUUAAAUGAAAAUAACAGUUGUAACACCCGUCUCUAUGGCAAAAUUAACUGAUUUUAUCGCGCGAACACUUCUGAUUGCGAGUUAUAUGAUUUUUGUGCCGUGAUCAAACCCAAUUAAAUUUAUGUAUAAACAAUAGGCUAUAAUAGAGGCCAAUAUUAUGUUCUCUACUCUUAGCAGACCUUGUUGACCAUAUAGGCCUGUUAUAGGGAUGCUAAAGAGGUUCAUUGUUGCCAGUUCCCUUUGGGACUCGCACAGGCUACUAAACUUCUAUAAAGAAAAUACCGAUAGGCUAGAGAUAAAAUGCAUUGAUAAUGUUAUUGCUAUAGGCCUAUGCUUAUGCAGACUGGAUGUAGGCUAAUGAUCUUAGCGUAGCUAGGCCUACUUAGAUUAGGCUACCCAAGAAACGCCGAUGGUGUAGCACAUAGGCUAUUCUAGAACGCUAGGGGGAAGUUCAAGGAGGAUACGGUUAAGCUUUCUUCCUUGAGAAAAAUUGAACUCCGAGUCCGGGUAAAUAGAUGGACACAGAGGUCAACGGGUAAUGACAAGCAGAUUUUGGGCUGAGCUCAACGUUGCGCUCCGCCCCACAUUGAGCCCAGCCCCGAUCUGCAAGCUGCAGCCAGGGGGUACUUGACAGGUAGAUGAGGUGAUGAACAUUUCUAAGGAAUUCUUUUACCUUCCUGAGGAGAAGAAACUUCCUUUCAGCAGGGGCAGUUACAACAAUAACCCCAAUCAUGGUUGGGUCUCCCUAGAAAGAGAGAGGUUAAAUCCAGCGAGACCUGGUGAUCUAAAGGAAGCGUUCAACACCAGCUCACUACACCCUGAUAUAAAAUGGCCAUCUGAAGAUGUCCCUGGUUUUAGAGAUAAGCAAGUUUCCUUCUUCAUGCGGUGUAAAGAGCUUUCUCUCAGGGUUCUCAGACUGAUGGGUCUCAGUUUAGGCCUAGAUGCGGAUAUCUUUGUCAGUGCACACAAACAAAUUGGAACUGAUGAGAAUGGCUCCACUCUGCGGACCCUGUACUAUCCCCCGGUGGACAGUGGUCAUGUGAAGGAGGGCCAGUUGCGCUGUGGGGAGCACUCCGAUUACGGCAGCAUCACUUUCGUCUUCCAGAGCCCAGAGGGAGGACUGCAGGUUUUGUCACGGUCAGGACAGUACAUUUCAGCUCCAUUUAUCGCUGGGACAGUUUUACUAAAUGUUGCUGAUCUAAUGCAGAGGUGGACCAGUGAUGUUUUUAUUUCUGCGAUCCAUCGAGUGCUGCUACCCUCUCCUGGAGAUUCAACCACACGCCAGUCUUUGGCCUAUUUUGUGCAGCCUGAUGAUGAGGCCUUGAUUACUUGCUGUGAUGGCUUGAACAAGUAUCCCCCUGUAAAAUCAGGGUAUUACCUUACGGAAAGAUUUAAAGAAAGUUAUGGACGUAAGUCAGGCUCCAUGGAAUCCUAGAUCAUAAAAUGGUUGGAAACUUUAUAAUCAGAAUGAAUUCUAGCAGUAUUAUUUUGAAAAAAAUAAUAAGACCAAGAAUAAUUUAAAUGGGACCAAAUAUUGAUUUCUUCUUAAAGACUUGCUUUACUGUAGGGAUAUUUGUAGAUUAAUGUCAGAUUAUAAUUCUAAUGUCAUCAUUGUUUUUAUAGCAAUGUUUUAAUAUUGGAAGUUGUCUUUUCAAUUAAAGCAAUAAAAAAAAUCUCCUCUAUGUUUUUUCGUGAAGCAAAGUUAAACAUAUAAAUACCCCACGUCAUGUGGUAAGUAAACAGCACAAUGUGC